AUGAACCAUGGCUACGUGUUCCCCGACCGAGCCUAUGAUGACUCGAUCAUCCGUAACCAGGAUGAGGCUGAGGCUAUCCUGCAACCAGCCCUGAGCGCAGUUGCCAGGCAUUUGACUUCACAAAAUACACCGACAAUCGAAAAGGUCUUGGCAUUGGACAAGAGUGGAGGAGCUCUGUUUGAUGGAAACGGUGACACGAGUCCUGAGCUCCCAUCUUCGCCUGAGACAACACCACAAAUACCACAAUCUAUCCCUCCGCCCAGUUCCUCAAAGCAACUGCCGACGAGCCAGCCGUCAAGCUAUCCUCUACCUUCACCGUGGCAAUCCCAAUCAAGACCAUCCCCGGCCAAAGGAUCAUCAAACAGAGCGUCCGGGAGUGUCUUGGGAAGUGCUCUCAGCCCAGCCCGAAGUCGAUCGAGAUCGGCAGGACAAGAGGCAUUGAGGAGGCUCCAGAAGGCCCUGCCCUCCCUCAGUCCGCCAUCUCAUUUGUUACCUUCUAUGCCCACUUCUUUCUUCUCCAACUCCAGCGACAAGGUCAAUACAGGCAAUUGGAGUUUCCAGAGCCGCCUUCAAUCACCUCGAAGUCCUCCCAACUCAUCCCCUCUCUCGCAAACGAGACCAAGGCCUUCUCCGCAGCAGGGCCGGGGGUUGGCUCCGCCGACAGUGCCUCCAUCGCGCCCUAAGGCUCUACGCCGAGUAACUUCUGAUGAUAGUCUCCUUUACCACAGCCUAUCCCGAACUUCCUCUCUAGGCGACGAUGAAAGCUUUCAGGAUGUCCGCGAAAUGGUCAAUAUUCGAUUCAUGGCGUUAAAGGACAGCCUUCCUGAUGUGCCCAAUUUCAAGAUGCCCAGUCUUCCCAAGCUUUAUAACCAAGCAAGAAGAUCAACGCUGUCUCUCAGCGCAGUAGACUCUUCCGAUGCUAAUGGAACCCACGGUCGCCUUUCUAAAGAAACCAGCUCUUCCUCCAAAGAUGGAUCGGCCAUUCUUGAUCGGGUCUUGGAGAGCCUCACUGGUGAUGUUGUCAUCAUGGGUGGUUAUCGAGGAUCCAUUCUACGGUCAGCCGAGGCGCCUCACCAACAGGUCUGGGCACCUGUGAAGCUCGGCCUGAAUAUGCGAAAGGUCAACUUGGAAGUAGGCUUGGAAGAUGAAGAUGAGGAGAGGAUGGAAGAAACUAUCAAGCCUGAUGGAAUGCUGAAACACAUUGGGCCCGUCGACAUUUCUCGAAAGUUUAUCAAGAAACUGCGCUCUUGCGAUAACGCCAGAACAGGGAAGCUACGCAUAUGGGACUACGGUUACGACUGGAGACUAAGCCCGCCGUUGUUGUCUCGGAAGUUGCAAGAAUACCUUCAAAAGUUGCCCUCGAAUCGACCAGGAACCCCAAUCGAGUCCCGAGGGGCCCUUGUUAUCUCCCACAGCUUGGGUGGUCUCAUAACACGACACGCCGUUAACCAGCGUCCGGAUCUCUUCUCAGGGGUUUUAUACUGCGGAACGCCACAACGGUGUAUCAACAUUCUGAACCCCCUGCGUCACGGCGAUGUAGUGCUCCUGAACGAAAAGCUCCUCACCGCCAGCGUCAACUUCAGCAUGAGAACUUCGUUUGUCUUCCUACCAGAGGACGGGUUCUGUUUUGUGAACAAGACAACUGGCGAAGAGUACCCAAUCGACUUUUACGACCCUCAAGAAUGGAUCAAGUGGCAUCUUAGCCCGUGUAUGCAACCGGCUCUUCCUCCCUACAACCGCCCACACUCGUCGUCGCUGUCGUCCUUCCUCCCGAACUCGCUACGCACCCGCUCCGAUAGCAAGAGCGAGAAGCAGCCCCCUUCUCCUUCGACAAUUAUCCGAGACCGCAACCCUAUCGCACCCCAGCUCGACGGAAGCGGCGCCCAUGUAGAUGAACCUCUUCCCUCAGACCCCGAGCGCCAGCGCUACCUCGAAUACUUGACCCGAACCCUUAAGAUGAUCCACAAGUUCCGUUCCGAGCUCGCACACUCGCCAUCGCACCAGGAAGUCAACGCCUACCCUCCACACGCCGUGCUGUAUGGCAAAAGCAUACCCACCGUGUACGCUGCUCAGGUCACCAGCCGCGAGGCCAUCCCCUGCUUGGACGCCUAUGACGAUCUCCUUUUCCGGCCAGGUGACGGUGUCGUUCUGGCCAAGGAGGCCAUGCUCCCGGACGGCUACUCGGUCGUUCGCGGCGGUCGGGUCUGCACUGAACGUGGCCACAUCACCAUGCUCGGCGACUUGCCGGCCGUGGGGCGGGCCCUCGAGGCGCUGGUCAGGGGUCGUCGGAAGGGCAUAGGGAUGGGGGCAGGCGGUGAUGGGGCCAACGAGGUGGUUAAGCAGCAGGUGCCGGCUGAGUCGGGGUAG